CUCCCCGGUCGGCUUCUCGGCGAAAGUUUUGUCUCAGCGUAUCUCGUUUUUAUCCUCUCUGUAUUCGCGCCAAUAAGAAGGGAGCGUUCGGACACGCCCCGGAGUUGGGCAGAUUCCCUCAGCGCCCCGUCCCCUUCCCCUCCCCGUAAAGUUUGCCCAAAAGUCAGGGGAGACUUUGGGAAGUUGGGCGGCUCGCUCCCGGGAUUACCAUGGGCACGCUGCGGGAUCUGCAGUACGCCUUGCAGGAGAAGAUAGAGGAGCUGAGGCAGCGGGAUGCCCUGAUCGACGAGCUGGAACUGGAGCUGGAUCAGAAGGACGACCUCAUUCAGAGGUUGCAGAACGAGCUGGACAAGUACCGGUCUGUCAUCAAACCCGCCAGCAAGCAAGCCCCGAACCAAGCCCCGAGCUGCCUGCAGGAACAGCACCGGACCAAACGGCAGGCCAUCUCGGCCGAGCCCACCGCGUUCGACAUCCAGGACCUCAGCCACGUUACUCUGCCCUCCCACCAGAAAACUCCACAGUCUAAAGAACUGAUUAAGGAAGCCAUCCUGGACAAUGACUUCAUGAAAAAUCUGGAGUUAUCCCAGAUUCAGGAGAUUGUAGACUGCAUGUACCCAGUGGAAUAUGGGAAGGACAGUUGCAUCAUCAAAGAGGGUGAUGUGGGCUCUCUGGUUUAUGUUAUGGAAGAAGGCAAAGUUGAAGUGACGAAAGAAGGAGUUAAGCUCUGCACCAUGGGACCAGGCAAGGUGUUUGGUGAGCUGGCCAUUCUGUACAACUGCACCAGGACUGCCACAGUGAAAACUCUUACAAAUGUAAAGCUCUGGGCCAUCGAUCGACCAUGUUUUCAGACUAUAAUGAUGAGGACAGGACUAAUCAAGCAUGCCGAGUAUAUGGAAUUUCUAAAGAGUGUUCCAACAUUCCAAAACAUUUCAGAAGAAAUACUCAGCAAGCUAGCCGAUGUUCUUGAAGAGACUUAUUAUGAAGAUGGGGAGUACAUCAUUAGACAGGGAGCCCGAGGAGACACUUUCUUCAUAAUUAGCAAAGGGAAGGUGAAUGUAACACGGGAAGAGUCAUCAAAUGAAGAAGCUGUGUUUCUUCGCACAUUAGGGAAGGGGGAUUGGUUUGGAGAAAAGGCUCUUCAGGGGGAGGACGUGAGGACAGCUAAUGUAAUUGCAGCUGAAACAGUAACCUGCCUUGUAAUUGACAGAGACUCAUUCAAACACCUAAUUGGAGGUCUGGAAGAUGUUUCCAACAAAGCUUAUGAAGAUGCUGAAGCUAAAGCUAAAUAUGAAGCAGAAUCUGCCUUCUUCUCAAACCUGAAGCUAUGUGAUUUUAACAUCAUCGACACGCUGGGAGUUGGGGGAUUUGGAAGAGUUGAACUGGUUCAAUUAAAGAGUGAGGAGUCCAAAACUUUUGCAAUGAAGAUCCUGAAAAAGCGACACAUCGUAGACACACGACAACAGGAGCACAUACGGUCAGAGAAACAAAUCAUGCAGGAAGCUCAUUCAGACUUCAUUGUGAGGCUGUACAGGACGUUCAAGGACAGUAAAUACUUAUACAUGUUAAUGGAGGCCUGCCUGGGGGGAGAGCUGUGGACUAUUCUCAGGGACAGAGGUUCAUUCGAUGAUGCCACUACUCGAUUUUACACAGCCUGUGUGGUAGAAGCCUUUGCCUAUUUGCAUUUCAAAGGAAUUAUUUACAGGGACCUCAAACCAGAGAACCUAAUCCUUGAUCACCGGGGUUAUGCUAAACUGGUGGACUUUGGAUUUGCCAAGAAAAUAGGGUUUGGAAAGAAAACAUGGACAUUCUGUGGGACUCCAGAGUAUGUGGCUCCAGAAAUCAUCUUGAACAAAGGUCAUGACAUAUCAGCUGAUUACUGGUCACUUGGAAUCCUUAUGUAUGAACUCCUAACUGGCAGUCCGCCAUUCUCAGGGCCUGAUCCCAUGAAAACAUACAACAUCAUCCUUCGUGGGAUUGACAUGAUUGAAUUUCCAAAGAAAAUUACUAAAAAUGCUGCUAACCUCAUCAAGAAACUAUGCAGGGACAAUCCAUCAGAAAGACUUGGGAAUUUGAAAAAUGGAGUUAAAGACAUUCAAAAACACAAAUGGUUUGAAGGUUUUAACUGGGAUGGAUUAAGGAAAGGCACUUUAACACCUCCAAUCGUACCUAAUGUGACAUCUCCAACAGACACAAGCAACUUUGACAGUUUCCCUGAAGAUAAUGAUGACCCACCUCCUGACGAUAACUCUGGAUGGGACGCAGAUUUCUGAGUCUGUUUCUUCAAACUUGCUUCUGCCUUGCCUAGGACAGCAUCUUUGUUAAAGGAAAAAGAAAAGACUGCCAGCAAGUGGAAAGGAAAGAAGAAGGAUUAGUGCUCUGGGUCACCAAGAUGCCUUGACUGAUGCCUGAUACAGUGCUGAUGGUGGCAUUGGGAACUCUGCCGUUAGAUAAUUGCAGUGGUGUUCUUUGAGAAGCACUCUUUAGGUUCGGAUCUGAAAUUAGCGACUUAGAGGGUGGUCAUAGAGCAACUUGAUUUAUUUGCGCACAUAUAAGGCUUUCCCUUCACUGAGGUGAAUAGUGCUUCGCUCCAAAGGCAAAUCAAUAAUGAAAAGGUAAAAAUGGAUUGUUUGUAAACAGUUGAACUUAACCUAAGUCAAGAUUUUUCUUUUUUAAUUAAAAUGAAAAGACAAAUGCAGUUAUUUAUUCAGGGGAUUUUUAUUCAAGGGACUAUUUUAGUUGCUAUGGAAACGAAUUUAGUGGGAGACUAUCGUCAGUGCACAGGACCCUGUAUGUGACAGGUCAGUGUGCAUGUGUAUCCCCCACCUCUCCCAGAAAAGGACCUGUAAAACUAUUGGUCAACCACCUUUCAUGUUCAGUCAGUGCUGUAACUUUAUGGGCUUUAAUCAUUUGUAGUCUAAAUGUUACCUUGUGUUUCAGCGAUAUAAUUAAAAGUGUUGUAUUUUUCCACACAAUGCACAACUGUCAAUGCAGUCAGGACUAGUUCUCCACCUCUCCUGACAAUUCACCCUGACUGCCCCAACCUGCACCCUAAGCACCCUGCUGUGGUUGUCUGAACAAUCAAAUGAAUAUUUGGUGGUAUCCCAUAUUUUGAAGUUAAUUCAUUUCUUGUAUAAGGCAAAUACAUUAUUCUGUGUUGCAAUGUGAAACUAGUAGAAAUACUAAAGCUCAAAUACUGCCUCUGAAUAAUAUAAUUUUUGUUUGACAUGCUACUGGACUUAAACGCUAGCUGAAAACUAUGGGCUUCUGAACAUAGUCAACAAAUGUUUACAUAAUUGUCUAUGGAAACUGUGUUCAAUAACUUGUUUUUUUUCCUCAAACAGUAAGAGUUCUGCGUGAGGCUUGUUAAAAUAGCAGUUUUCUUUAUUUAAAUUUUCUUGAAUAGAAUUCAGACCACUUACCCACUUAGCAGCUUCGCAUAAAUUUUAUGUAAGCUGGGGGUUGGAGUUCACACUGGGUCUGAACAAUUUUCACCCUGGCCAGGGCAGUGUGCUGCAGGGCUGGGAUGAGAUGGGGUUGCAAGAUGGUGGGAGGAGAGUACAAAGACACAGGCCCCAUCCAAAAAAAUCAUUAAUCAUAUUGAAUAUGAUUGUCUGUAUUUGUAUAAUGUGUGUCUGUGUAAAUGUUCCUCCAAAAGAGAUCAAAUUUAAAGUCCUGCACACAGCCUUAAUUAGCCAGUAUUUAUUUCUCAAUUAACGUCUCCAAACAGUUCACUGCUGGUUGUGGGACCAUGCUCUGCACAAAUUGAUUUCUCCUACAUUCCAACAGUGACUAAGUGUGUAUUUAAAGAAGUUAAUUGGCUGUAAAAUGCUUUGAGACAUCUGUGGAUGUUAAAGUUACGCCAGUGCAAAUAUUUUCUUCAACCUUUCUGCCAUACAAUGGUAGAAUUUCAA